AUGCCCAUUCGCUCCAACCCGACACCUACUAGAAGUUCUACCACUCUUAUAACAGCGGUACGCUACUUAUUGUCAAGACUACGCUCCCGUCUGCCGGAUGCUCAGACACUCCACGAUGCCUGUUUUGGAGAAGCGCGACGAUUUGCACGAGAAGUUCUUGCACCCAGCGAGGUUGGCCGGUUAAAGGAUCCAGAGACAGAGGAACUGGAAUUUGUGACAGAUCCAACAGAAAAAACUCGAAUACAAGGAGAUUUAAUUAUACUUAACCGUAUAGCACCACUCGAGCACCCUGAAAAUGCUCCUUGCGUACCACCAGCUUUCCCUGCACUCCCUGCAGAUACCCUUCUGGCGCAAUAUAUAUUCUCUCAAGCACUAUCACGUUCUACAUCUCUUUCAGGUCUUGAAGAAUCACUUAAGGACUAUCUCUCCUCCCCUUGUCUAAGCAGGGUAGCCCUCAUCAAGAAGCUCAGAGCGUUAAUGAAGUUUCGCCAGGGCCUUAACCUCAACGGGGAGAACUUCUCCGACACCCCAGACUUGUACUGGACCGAGCCUGGAUUUAGAAGAACCAACGCGGUCAAUGAAAAAAUCACCUACGCCGCGGAGGUGCAAUCAACUCUCCGUCAGCUACUUACGGAGGUGCUUAUCGCCCUUAUUGCCGUGGAAGUUGUCAUCGCUCUGAUACGGGAUGGCCCCGAGCUCUGGCAAAUGGUUUUUGGCUAA